CUCUCUCUGUCGAAUAAAUAAAUAAAAUCUUAAAAAAAAAGAAAGCAAUAUGUCUUUAAAAAAAUUGUGAACAUCAACUUUAAAAGAGUUAUGCUCUGGGUCGCUCUUGCUGUCUGUCGCCUUGAGGUGAACUAAGGCCAGGAACCCUGCGUCAUGUCGAAGCUGAAUCGGGCCACUUGGGCCCUCAGGAAGCCUGAGGCUGGCGGCAUAAUCCGGACCAUCAUGUGGGCAGGCCAGGCCAUCCAGGCCCCCACUAGUCCCAUCCUGGGUCAGAGAGGUGUUUCCAUCAACCAGUUCUGCAGGGAGUUCAACGAGAAGACAAAGGACAUCAAAGAAGGCAUUCCUUUGCCCACCAAGAUUUCUGUGAAGCCUGACAGGACAUUUGAAAUCAAAAUUGGACAACCCACUGUUUCCUACUUCCUGAAAGCAGCUGCUGGGAUUGAGAAGGGGGCCCGGCAGACAGGGAAGGAAGUGGCAGGCCUGGUGACCUUGAAGCAUGUGUAUGAGAUCGCCCGAGUUAAAGCCCAGGAUGAGGCCUUCGCCCUGCAGGAUGCGCCCCUGUCCUUUGUGGUUCGCUCCGUCAUUGGCUCUGCCUGUUCCCUGGACAUUCGUGUGGUGAAGGACCUCAGUUCAGAAGAGCUGGCAGCUUUCCAGAAGGAGCGAGCCGCAUUCCUGGCUGCCCAGAAAGAGGCAGAUUUGGUAGUGCAGGCAGAAGCUGCCAAGAAGUGACCCCUGUCCCCCACACUCCAGGAUUUUGAAUCUGGAAUGGAGGCCAGUUGGAAAAGCUGUACCAAAGGGGCAGAAGGGAGGCAACACCAAGCUGAUUAUUAUUUCCCUGACUUUAAAUUAUAUAUUUUUACAUGUAUGACAGUCUCAAGAGAUCAAGCUUAAAUAAACAACCUUUUGUCACACUCCCCCCCACAAAAAAGAGUUAUGCUCUGAAGUGAUUUUCCUGACUAGUCAACCUCACUGAUGAGGUGUCGGUGAGAGAUUUGGUCCUCAGUCAGACCAG